AAUUACAAAUUAUCGCCCAUGUGCACCGACGAGGCUGCGCCAUUGCCGUCGCUCGUCGCCCGCCGGGCCAUCGUGCUCUUCCUCACCGACGCUGGCGCCGAGCAUGAGACCAAGUCGACCGCGUUCCUCGACCAUGUGGCUCGCCAUGGCUGCAGCGCGGGCGUUGCCGCGUCGUCUGGCGACGACGCUGACAACGAGGCCGCGGUCGAGGACGCCGCACUUCGUAGCUUCCUCGGUCUUGCCGGCGCUGGCGCGAGCCCCUCUCUGAUGCAGUACCACGUGCCACAUGUGCUCUUGACGACCAAGGCGAGCAUGGCAUCCGACGUGCGUGACGGUGCGCUGUACGAGCACGUGGCCUUGGACGAUCUGCCCGCCCGCACGCGCGCCGCUGCCAGCGAGCCCUCGCGCAACCUCACGCUCGUGUACAUGGACCGUGCCGACUAUACCCCGGCGCUCGAUGCCACGCUGCUGCAGCUCGUGCAGGAACAACCAACGACGUUCUUUGGCGUGCUGCAGGAAACGCCCACGCUGCGCUUGCCGUCGGACCGGAGGUUCGAAGCCCGCACGCUGUUCCCGCUGCCCAAGCAGAGCUGGGCCAAGGUGCACAACUCGUACCGCACGGACGCUGUCGAGAGCCAGCGCGCGCUCGCGUACGCCUUUUACGCCCGUGACCAAGUCCGCCCCGACACGCUCGAGCGCUUUGACCCUGCGUCGAUGCUCGCGCACGGCGGCUACGGCAUCCUGCAAGCCCACGCGGCGCUCCAGGAGAUUGCAUUUCGUCUCGGCUACGCGCCCAAGUACGGCGCGUAG